AUGGAGGAAGCAUACUCUUACACAGCCCUUCCAACUCCAGGGCAUAUACGUCUGCUUACCCUCAAAGCCAGCAAGUCCUCAUCCGCUGAUUUGCAUGGCGAGCUUGUCGACUACCCUUUGCAGGAAUGCGAGGGGGAUUUGCAUUGCUACGAGGCUCUAUCCUAUGUAUGGGGCAGCAACGAAAAGCCUCGGCAGCUCUGGAUAGGAAACUGCAAGCUCGAUAUUACAGAGAGCCUCUAUGCUGCGUUGCUGCGCUUGCGUAACCGUUCUGCUGAUCGAAGUCUGUGGGUAGAUGCAAUUUGUAUCAAUCAGACAGACGACGACGAGAAAGCGAUUCAAGUCCAGCGCAUGGCAGCCGUCUACAGCAAAGCGAGUCGCGUACGAGUCUGGCUUGGCGAGGCAGACGCCGCUGAUGGAUCAAAUGAUGCACUGUAUUGUUUGGCCGAAGCUGGAGCUGCUGAAGGUCCCUAUGAGUUACCCGAUGAAUCCUUGGAGCCUAUACGUAGCCUCCUUGCGAGAGACUGGUUCAAGCGAGUUUGGGUAAUUCAGGAAGUUGCUGCUGCCCAGCACGUGGUUAUCAUGUGUGGUGCCACAAGCAUUGAUGGGUACGCGUUCUGUGUAGGAUUGCAGGCGUUGCAUAAAUCUGAUAAACUUCCGGAUUUGCAAGAACACAUUGGUUCAAUCGUCUAUCUCAUUAGACGUUCAAUUUUCCGUCUAGGAAAGCAAAACCAUCAAGCAUCACAAGAAGAGUCUCCGACGUUCUCUCUGAACAUCCGGCCUCUAGGACAGUUGAUUGAUAUGUACCGGAACCGCCAAGCUACCGACCAGCGCGACAAGGUUUAUGCCCUCCUUGGUAUGUCCUCGGAAGUUAUACCCCAGGACUUAAUGCCGAACUAUUCAGAUGCCAUGACCUGGGAUGCACUGUUCAGCAGUUUAGGUCGGUAUAUAUUUGGGACGGAAGCCCAUGUUGGAGUCGUUGCUACCAACAUUGCGGCAGUCAGAAUCAAAUGCGAAAUUCUAGGCCAUGUUUCCUCUCUUCGACCAGAUGAGCAUCGCUACGAUAUGCAGGUACUUACGAUCGCAUCUUGGAGCACGGACAUGCACGCGUAUGACCAAAGGGAAUGGAUAGCCCCAACCUCGGCAGUCUCAGUGAAUGUUGGAGACAUGGUCUGUCUCUUGGACUGGGGGCAGAAUAUUGCCAUCUUGAGGUCCGAAACCGAAUUCUUCCGUGUGGUCAUGACUUCUGGACGUUGGAAUGCCAAAUCUGCACAGUACGACGAAGUUCUGGAGAAGGGCGACAAGCAUGAAUUAUUGCUUGCAUGGGAUUGGAAUUCACCAGAGCAGAUUAUGCCUCGAUUUAUCGAUACUAUUCCCGCGAAAAGUAUAAUAACACAACAUACGAAUGGCAUUACAAGACGUCAAAUAGUCGUCAAUGCCCUCCUGAGCGCAUAUUCGGAUAUACAGGCAGAAUCAAGCCUGCUUGAUUUGGAACAAGAAUACCAACAACAAUCGAGCGAGUCUAUGUUUGCAGAAUUGGAUCGCCGAGCGAAGAUGGUUUACUUAUAUCUGAGGACCGGUCGUUUGGAUGAAGCCGAAAGGCGGUAUAAAGAUAUCUACCAACAUGCCAAGGCGAUGGCCCGGACGGAGUGGCUAAGCCAAAGUAUAUCGCAGUAUUUGAAAUUCUUUCCAACUGCUGCCUACCCUCAGAAGGCAAGGAUAUGGGGAACUCUCAAAUCUGUCAUAGACGAAAACGUGGUUACUCCACAACAUUACAUCCAAACCCAUCGGAGGCUGACUGAUACUCUUGCGAAGUGCACCGCAGCGGAGGCAAGCUUAUUGAUCGAUCUCGGAGAACUCUUUAUACGUAAUCCGGAAACAACAUCCAUGGUUUGCACACGAGAUAACAGCUCCUAUGUUUCAGAGGAUAUCAUAAAAGCACUUGAAGAGAGCGUGGUAGAAGCGAUUGCGGGGAAUUCUGCUUUUGGUGCUCAAGAAGGACGGAGGGUGAUGGAGCUGCUUUUGGAAAGAAAAGGGGACCAGGUCCCGAUUACAGAAGCUGUAGUCAUAAAGGCUGCUAGUACUUAUUACCAACUGGGGUUAUUGGAGCUGCUAUUCGAAAAGAGAGGAGACCAGGUCCCGAUUACAGAGAACGUGGCGGCUGCUGGGAAUGAUCAUUCCGGUCGGGAGGUGAUGGAGCUGCUGUUCGAGAAAAAAGGAGACCAGAUCCCGAUUACAGAAAACGUGGUAAAGGCGGCUGCUGGGUCGCGUUUUGGUCGGAAGGUGAUGGAGCUGCUUUUUGAGAAAUCAACUUUCCUCACAACCCUUGAUGCUGUCAAAUCCAUGGCAUUGAACAAGGCAGCAGCAGCCGGCAGUCACGAAGUAGUAGAGCUACUACUUGAGAAGGAUGCUGAUUUGACUGUCCCGGAUCCAGACGGACGGACACCACUUAUCAACGCUUCACGCAAUGGACGCCUGGAAAUUGUACAGCAGCUUUUCGACCGCGGAGCAGACUGGAGAAUACCAGAUAGCUCUGGACUUGAUGCCCUGCAGUGGGCUAUUUGGGAGGAUCGUUACAACGUGCAGGAUUUCUUACUCUCGGUCGGGGCUGUUGAGUCGGAUGACGUAUAUGGAAUUCGCGCGUUGUUUGAAGAGGAAUUGACUGUUCUGAGUUAA